AUGCAAAACAAAAUACAAAUCAAUUAUGAUCUAGCUACUUUCACCACUAUUUGUCAGAGAAAGCAUAUACAUAAUGAUAUUACCUACUUUCUUUAUAUAAUUGAUGACACUAUGAUUUUUACUAAUGUACAUAUACAUCUUAUUUGUUAAGGAACUUGAGUCUUAAUAGCCUAAAUACUAAUUGGAAUUGAAUUUUGAAACCAAGAUUUUUUGGUGUAUUGAAAAGGACAGAUAACUUACUUAAUUUGGGUUUGAGUACAAAGGGUCAGUCAAAUAUUUUUUUGCUAAAGAUGAGGAACUUAGAAAAUUGAAAUCUCAUCUCAAAAAUAAAGUCAUGUUCAAGGAUGUGAGUGAUUUUUAUUAACCCUUGAAAUUGUUAGGGAAGGGUGGAUCUUCUAAAGUAAGCAUUAUAAUUAUCAAAGGUGUAUUUAGUAGUGGACAAAGAUAAUAAGUAAGAUUUUGCAUCAAAAUGUGUUGAAAAGAGAUAUUUAAAAGAAGAUGGAGGAUUUGUAAAAAAAUUAAAAUUCAUUGUUAGCAAGCCUUAUUUAAUGAGAUAAAUUUAAUGGCCAUCUUAGAUCAUGAGUCUGUUGUAAAAUUAGAGGAAGUCUAUGAAGGAGAAAAUACAUUUUAUUUGAUUCUAGAACAUCUGAAAGGUAAUUCAUUACAUGAUCUCAUAAGUAAAGGAUAAAUAACAUAAUUAAAUUGGGAUUAAAUCAAAUCAAUAUUAUGGGUAUAUAUUUAUAUCUCUAUUAUUUUAGUAAAUAUUAACAGGAGUUGCAAGAAUGCAUUAAUUGGACAUAAUGCACAGAGAUUUAAAACCUGAAAAUAUCAUGUUUAAAGAAAUUAAUCAAAUAACAGGAUUGAGAAUUGUAGAUUUUGGUUUAGCAACAUCAACAUAAGUUUCAAAUUAUUCAUUUCCUAAAUGUGGAACACCUGGAUAUGUUGCUCCUGAAAUAGCAAAUCUUAAAGAUUUAAGUUUUAAAUAUGAUAAGAUUUGUGAUAUUUUUAGUGUUGGAUGCAUUUUCUAUAAAUUGUACAUAUUUUAUAAUUAAACUUAAUUAGAAUCACUUAAAAGGAUUUAUUUCCAGGAAAUGAUUAUCAUGAAAUCUUAAAAUUAAAUAAGAAAUGCAUUAUCAAUUUAGAUAAUUUAAGCAUUUACAGAACACCUUAAGCAGCCAUAGAACUUAUUUAAUUAAUGUUAUAAAUAGAUCCUCGUUAUAGAAUCACUGCAUAAUAGGCCUUAGAACAUCCAUUUUUUUCUGGGGGUUUUACUGAUAGAAAAUUAAAAUUCUAAACAUAGAAAAGAGUCUAAGGAUAAGAGAAAUUAUGGCAAACUUCAACAUUUCGUAUGGAAAAAUCAGAUAAAUUAUAAUUACCAGAAAUCAAAUAGAAAUCAAGAUAAAGAGAUGAAGAUGAAGUAGAAGAUGAAAAAAUAAAAAUUAAAGUUCCUGUUAUGAAUAGUCCAAGAUUAGCAUAACAUGCUAAACGUAAAAAUUUAGCAUUAGCUGAUGGUUCACCUACAGAAAAUCCUAAGAAGAGUGCAUUUAAAAAGUUUUCUACAUAAGAAUUCGAUCAAUAAUCACCUGAUACUUGUUCACCUGAUUCUGCAAGAUAACAUCCAACAUUAAUAAUAAACAAUAGUCCUAAACUUGUAUAGAGUUAAACAUUAAAAAGAAAGCUUACUUAUAAAAAUUAUCAUUAACAUUAAGCAAUUUAUGAAGUGGAUGAUGAGUAAAAAAAUUAAUGA